UUGACAACCCUGCAAGCCGAGAAUGUAAAUUUAGAUCGAAACGAAUUAAAUUUGUUGGACGCCAGCUGAAAAACAAAACAAAAAAUUAACCUCAGAUAGCCAACGCCAUGGAGGCCAAGACCGACGCUCCUAUCUCCCCGGCACCCACUCCAAACCCGCCGGCCGACUCCGCUAAGGACCAAAAUAACACCAACAACGCGCAAGCAAAUUCAACCGCCGCGCCGGCAGCUACUGCAUCUGGAGCCUCCGCCGUUGGCCAAACCGCUCCCACAGCCCAGCAGCAGCAAGCACAACAGCAGCCGUUGGCCAAGAAGCCCAGUGGCGAGACGAGCUCCAUGCCUACGCGACAGUACCUCGAUCAGACUGUGGCACCCGUUCUGCUCCACGGACUGCAGGCGCUCGCCCGCGAAAGGCCCACGGAUCCUAUCCAGUUUCUGGCCUCCUACCUGCUGAAGCACAGCAACGGGUGCGAGGAGAACAACGCUGCUGCGGUGGACAACAACUCCUAAGUCCCUCAGCUACCUACCUUAUUUUCCCGUCGUUAGUUUUGUAAGUGAAAAGUGCAUAAAUAAUAAACGUUUAAAGUUAGAAUGUAAUUGCAAAACACAAA